GUCUGACAAUGGAAGCAAUUGACUUGUGGUCCUUGUGGGAAAUGCCCAAUGCUCCUACUGAGAACUCAUAGGGCCAUGUAACUAUGCCUGCUUCUGUAGAUGACAAUUGCCCUGGCGCAAGAUGCAACUUGGGCAGCCCCACGCAUUUAAUCAAUGGCCCUAAGUCCGUUGAUUGAUGCAUCGAUUUCCACGUGCCGUGCUGAUAUUCGGGUACAAAGCCUCCGAUCUCACCACACCACAUGCAUGUUCGAACGCCAUUGAGUUUCCGUAUAUCACUUCGACCAUGCCUCCCCCCUCAGCUCGACUUCGCUUCCCAUGAUGCUCUCGCCCCGUCGGAUGACAGUCCCUAGAACACUGCUCAGAUCCACAGCCACCAUGACCACCUCAGCGCCCGUCACAAAGGUGACCAACGUCGCCAACGCUCUUGUCCCUGAACAGGAGAAAGCCAGGCCUCACCAUGUCGUCAAGAAUGGACGCAUCACCGGGUUCAAGAACCCCUAUCCCAGCUACAGGCCACUCGAGCCCAUGAAGCACAUCUUCAUUCCUCUUCUCACCGGCAAGAUGAAGUUCCCAACCGUCCCUGACCCGCUGCCCAUCCCUCUGGUCAAACCAACCUUCCUCCCCAGCCGUGACACCCCCAAACUCAGGGCCACCUGGCUGGGCCACGCCGCCUACUACGUCGAGUUCCCCUCUGGCCUGCGCGUCCUCUUCGAUCCCGUCUUUGAGAAGUCAUGCUCACCCUUCCCGCUCGAUCUCUUCUCCAACAAGCGCAUCACGCCCGCGCCCGCCUCGGUGGCAGACUUGCCCUACGUCGACGCCGUGGUCAUCAGCCACUCGCACUACGACCACCUGUCGCACCCCACAUUGCUCGAGCUGCAGAAGCAUUUUCCCCAUGCGCAUUAUUUCGUCCCUCUGGGCCUCGAAAAGUGGUUCCGCAGUUCAGGCACCACAAACGUCACUGAAAUGGACUGGUGGGAGGACGUCAAUGUCCAGAUCACCGUCCCGCAGGUCGACGACGACACCAGCACGCAAAAGCCCAUGACGGCGACAUUCUCGUGUCUCCCCGCGCAGCACACCUCCGCCCGCACGCCGUUCGACAGGGACACCACCCUCUGGGCCUCGUGGGGCGUGUCCUCCGGUGGAAGCAGCGUGUUCUUCGGCGGCGACACGGGAUACCGCGCCGUGCCAGGGCACUCUGUCGAUGAGGACGAUUACUCGCCCACGCACGACCAUAUUCCGCGGAACCCGCAGUUCAAGAUGAUUGGACACCACAAGGGGCCCUUUGAUCUGGGGUUGAUCCCCAUUGGCGCAUACAGUCCUCGCGCGUCGUUCAGUCCGGUGCACGCGAACCCAUAUGAUGCCGUGGAGAUCUUUCUUGACACCGCGUGUAAGCGCGCCAUGGGGAUUCACUGGGGCACGUGGCUGCUGACGACGGAGCCGGUGAUGGAGCCGCCCGAGCUGCUGCGCAAAGCUUUGGCGAGACGAGAGGUGCCCGAGGAGGGCGUGUUUGAUGUCUGUGGGUUGGGCGAGAGCAGGGAGUUUUGAAAGGGGAGUCUUUAGCCGCCUGAAAAGGACCGGGAAAGACGCAUGAAAUAGAUGAAAAGCGGACAUGUAGUGUUUAGAUAUCGGAAGACCUUUGGCAUAGCGAUAAAUUUUAUAUAA